AUGUUUACCAAAUGCUUUAAGUCAUUUAUGUUAAAUAAUUCCCGAUAUUUACUACGAUCUAGGAUAUAUUCUACGAAAAAUGCAAUUACACCGAAUGAUGGAGUCCUUCUGAGUGAAACCUGUGUGAAGAGACUGAAAGAGCUAUGUACUGAUAAGAUCUUUUUGAGAUUAUGCGUAGAAAGCGGGGGCUGUUCUGGCUUCCAGUAUAAAUUUCAUCUAGACAACCAGCUAUCAAAUGAGGAUAAGAUCUUUGAAAGAGAAGGUGUUAAAUUAGUGAUUGAUGAGACAUCAUUGGAUUACAUCAAGGGUUCAACUAUCGACUACCAUACAGAAUUAAUUAGAUCUGCUUUUAGAGUUGUGCAGAAUCCGAAUGCAGACAUUGGCUGCUCGUGUGGUGCCAGUUUUUCCAUCAAAAUUGAUUAG